AUGGCUGGCGUCAUUGGUGUUAUCAGAAAUAACAAGAUCGGUAUAGCGGGUAUUCUGGACAGUGUGCGCAUACUGCCCAUAUUCGACGGUGAAGAUUUGACUUAUUCCGCAAUCGAAGAUGCUUUCACCUACCUGAUCACUGAGAGGAAAGGUGAUGUGAGAGUUAUUCUCAUGACGGAAGGGUCCGAUUCAACUAGUUCCCAAGCCGUUACCGAAAAGAUUCGGGAAGCAACUGCAGCUGGCAUGCUCGUUGUCAUCACGGCAGGGAAUGAGCGCCUGGAUCUGGACAAAGCCCCAUACUUCCCUUGUUCCUUCAGCCGUUCACCCACUGAUGGAGUGUUAUGUGUGGCUGCAACGUAUGGUUCCAAUAUGCAGCUUGAAGAUAGAAGCAACUAUAGUUUCGGUUUAGCUGUUGACAUCGCCGCUCCAGGUUACGAUAUAGCUACAACUUUUCUCGAAGGGGUGUAUGGCGCUGUGUCGGGCACUUCGGGUGCCGCCGCUAUCGUAGCGGGUAUAGCUGGGAUGCUCUACAGCCUUGAACCUUCUCUGGAGGAUAAGCUGACCCCUGCUUACAUCAAAAGUAUCAUCAUGGACACGGCCACUGGAGGUAUCAAGGACAGCAAAGGGAAAAAGACUAUGUCAUUCGGCCGCGUGAAUGCUGCGGCGGCUGUCAAUAAGAUACUUGGAAAAAAGAAGGUUUAA